CAGAGUUCCUUUAGGAAUUACCUCAUUUCCGGCUUGAGAAUGGCGGUGGCGGCGCGCUCUUUAGUGCAAUACGUGGUACUGAGGGGCGACUUGUUACGCGAGCCUUUCUCGUGGCCGUUGGGGGCCUCGGUGGCUCAGGCUUGCCACGCGGCUUUGGCCGUGGUCCACGCAUACUACGAGCACCCAGACACCGCGGCUUAUCUAGCCCAGGAUGGCAGCAUGAGGACCGUGGUGCUGGAGGCUCCAGAUGAGUGUGCCUUGAGCACAUUAGCAGACAGACUGCAACAGAAUGGCAUUGAUCAUAAAGUCUGGAUAGAACAACCAGAAAACAUAGCUACUUGCAUUGCCCUCCGUCCUUACCUGAAGGAGCAUGUACAUCAUCAUCUAAAGAAUUUCAAACUCUUGAAAUGAUCCUUUUUCUCUCUAGCCACGAACACAGUUGACCAGAUAAAAGUAUAUUUCACUUGGCUUUUUCAGUCUCCCUUUGCAAUAUAAUGGAAGCAUUAUGAGAUGCAAGAAUUUACUUCAAUCAGAGCAUUUCAUAAAGAUACUAAAAAAUAAUGGAUUCAUAUCAUUAGGAGGCAAGGCAUCUCAUGGUAUGGCCUAACACAGCUUUCUCAAUUUAAGAGGAAACUUUGGGUGCCUUAAUAUUAUUGAAGAGGGGAUUCAGGGUAUUAAAUCACCCAGAAGUGCUUUAUUGCUGAGAUGGGUGGCAUAUAAAUUUAAUAAUCAGGAUUUGAUUGCUUAUUCAGAUUUACAUUAGAAAAUAUUUUGGAUAGCAAAAUAUUCUAAUUUCUUUUAUCUGCACUAAUACUACUAUAGUGGUAGUUCAUAGAUGCAGAAAGAACACUUCUGAGCUUUUAGAAAGCUUUUGACAAAAUCUCAAUAAAAACAUAAAAUUCAUGAAUAAAGAAGAUGAGGCCUCUUAACACUAGUCCUAUGUACUUUAAAGCAGAAAAAUAUUUCUGCAAAAACUUUAAUAGCAUGUAAUUCAUUUAAGACAGUUAUUUUGAUUUUAUACUGUAUAUCCCAAGUGGAUGUAUUGAAUAAUGCAUUCCAUAUUUCUAUAUUGAAAUCAUGGUCUGUGUUGAAAUAUUUUAUUAGCCUCCUGCUGAAAAAGAUUAUGGCUUUAUUAUGGCUGUGGUUUGGGGCUGCUUUCAUAGCCGGGAUUGGCUAAUCAACAGCUGAAAAACUAUUAAUUAAAUAUGUAUAAACUUGGAUGAAUUAAACUAAGUGAAGUGA